AUGGUUGUUAGCUGUUCUGAUGAUAAAACACUUAAACUUUUUGAUAUUACACAGGGAAAAUUGAUCAAAACGUUCCGAGGCCAUCAAAAUUAUGUUUUUUGUUGUAAUUUUAAUCCGCAAUCAACUUUGCUGGUUUCUGGCUCGUUUGAUGAGACGGUCCGAAUUUGGGAUGUUCGUUCAAGCACCUGUGUCCGUUCAUUGCCUGCACAUUCUGACCCAAUCAGCGCUGUAGGUUUUAAUAGAGACGGUUCUCUAAUUGCUACAAGCAGUUAUGAUGGCCUGGUUCGAAUUUGGGAAGCGGGUAGUGGUCAGUGUAUGUCUACACUUGUUGAUAAUGAAAAUCCGCCAGUUUCUUUUGUUAAAUUUUCACCAAAUGGAAAAUAUGUUUUGGCUGCUACAAUGGAUAGUCAACUCAAAUUAUGGGACUUUAACAAAGGCAAACCUUUAAAAUCAUAUCAAGGACAUAAAAACGAAAAAUAUUGCAUUUUUGCCAAUUUCUCAGUUACUGGAGGUAAAUGGAUUGUUAGUGGAUCGGAAGACAAUCAAAUUUAUAUUUGGAACUUACAAACACGUGAAAUUGUUCAACGAUUGGAAGGCCAUACAGGGCAUUAUGACCAAAUUGUGCCACAACAGCAACAAACUACUCCACAGGGUAGUUCAGAUAUGGUCUUGUGCACAGACUGUCACCCAACAAAAAAUAUCAUUGCUUCGGGCGGGCUAGAAAAUGAUCGAACAAUACGUUUAUGGACGAGUGAUUAUUAA